UUGGCUUUGACUCAAUCACACACAUCCUGUAAAAGGAUUUUGUGGGAUUAAUAAGGCUGACCUCAUCUGAACUCAAAUUUCGCUGCGUUUGGCAAAGAUCAGCUCUUUCUUUUUUUAGGCAGCUGAUAUAGCAACACGCUCAGAUAAAUGCUCUGCAAAUAAUCUGCUGACCUGAGGUGAAAAUGCUCACUUCUUGAAAAUGUUCCAUGACUCUCAUUCUCACACCCUUCCUUUUCACUUCCUGUGUCUCUCUUGUAGGCAUCCAUGUGACCGAUAGUGCAAGUCAUGGAAGACCAGCGGAGAAUCGAUCUGACCUACAUCACUGAACGCAUCAUCACCAUAUUCUGUCCUCAUGGGUGUCCCGAGGAGACGUACCUGCACAACCUGCAAGAAAUCAUUCCCAUGCUGCAGUCCAAGCACGGACACAACUACAUGCUCAUUAACCUCUCGCAGAAGAAUGACCCUCUCACCCGCAUGACCCACAAGAUUUUGGACACAGGUUGGGUGGAUCAUUUGGCUCCCAGCUUGGAUCAGAUCUUAAGAGUGUGCACAGCGAUGGAGGAUUGGCUGCAAACCAACCCGAAGCAUGUCCUGGUGUUACACUGCAGAGGAGGUAAAGGCCGGAUCGGAGUUCUGGUGGCUUCUUACAUCCACUUCAGCAACACGUCAGCCAGUGCAGACCUUUCUCUGGACCACUUUGCCAUGAGGAGGUUCUACAGCGACAAACUCUCCGCUCUGAUGACCCCCUCCCAAAAACGGUAUGUGUGGAUGCUGGGGAGUAUGUUGAAAGGAGGAUUAAGGAUGUGUCCUUCUCCGUCGUUCCUCCUCUGCGUUGUUCUUCACGGUCUUCCCAAAAUAAGAGCAGAUGGAGGGUGUUGUCUCUUCCUGAGAGUCUACCAGAGUCUACAACCUGUUUGCACGUCUGCAGUCUACCAUGUUAGUGCAGGUCAGACCGACCGGCUCUACAUGGUGCUGCAGCCGGCUCAGCUGCUCAAAGGAGACAUCAUGGUGGUUUGUUAUGAUAAAAACAGCCACUCAGCCACCCGUCAGGUCAUCUUCCGCGUCCAGUUUCAUACGGGCCUGGUGAACGGACACGCCCUCACUUUCUCAAAGGCGGACCUUGACUCUGCCAGUGAAGAUGCUCGGUUCCCAGAAGAUGGAAAAGUGGAGUUGUUACUUUCUGACAGCCCUGAAAAGAUUAAAGGCAGAGAGCUGUGGCACAACGGACGCUGUGUGACGGUGGACUACGACACCUUGGAUCCUUUAGUGAGACGAGAUUCAUACCAGGACAAGUCUUCUCUGGAAAAAGCUCCCCUUCAUAUCCUGGACCCUGGAAAUAGCAGUUUAUAUGCCAAAGUGAGGAAGAAGCAGAGUAGUGAGGAAGGAGCUCCGUUCCCCCCGACGGCCAGCAGCCCGAGCUGCAGCGACCGAGCUCCGUCUGCCAGCAGUGACUCGGGCCUGUCAGUCGCCUCUCAGGGGCCGACCGGAGCCAGACAGACGAGAGGGGCCGCUCAGGACAAGCGCACCCAGGCAGAGAGGUUUCUCCCUGGGGUCGACUUCGCGCUUGCUCAGCCUCUUCUGGAGGUUAUGACUGAGCUCGGUAUAGCCAGCGGAGGGGAGGGGGAGAUGACUGGAGAUGAGUCUGGCUUAGGGCACACUAUCAAUGGAGAGGUGUCAUCCAUCGAGAGGGAGACUGAUAUACUGGAUGACGAGGAUGAUGUGGCGACUUCUACUUUAGACAUGCCUAGCUCGAGCAGUAUGUGCUCUCUCUCGUCUGAGAACCUGCCUGAAGUGCAGAGAUCAGCUCAGACUGAGUACUCCACUCACUCCUGGGUUCAGCAGCAGAUAGUCGAUGUCCGCACUGAAAACUACGUCGCGGUAAACGGGCAAGAGGAGAGGACGAACAGGACGAGAAAAGAGAAACCACCACCUCUGGUAUCUCCUGAAACGCCACAGAGGGGGCUCAGUAGCAGGGAAGCGGUGCAGAGAGGUCUGGUGAACGAGGACUGCACAGACAGCGUCACACAAAGCACGACCCACACUUCACAAACUUCGCCUUGCCAAGAGGAGGAGGAGGAGGAGAUGGCGUCUUUAGCCACAGACAUUGACGAGUCUAUAGAGCAGCUAAACCAGCUGAUUCUGGAUUUGGAUCCCACAUUUGUUCCUGUUCCAACCCGCUGUGCCCCCCUGUCACGAUCCGCCUCCCUCCAAACCAACGGACUCAGCCACCAAGGAAGUACUCACAUGACCGGUUGGACGAAGCAGAAACAGGUCAGCGAUGUGACGGACUGUGGUGGUCUCCGUAGUCCAGGGUGGAGAGCGAAUGGGCCUCAGAGCUUCAGAGGCUCCCCUCUUCACAGCCCCCCCUCACUGUCUCCUCAGUACGGGCAUCUCUACAAAACCAACAGCAUGGAUUAUCGGGGACAAACGGAUAGCUCUGACAUCGUCCCGUCCACUCCGUCCUUCCCAGUGACUCCUCCGACGCCCUACGUGAAAAACUUCCCAGAGUUUUCCCAGCUCAAAACCAGCAUCCAGUGGGAGCAACACAGCUGGACUCAAGGUACACUUUCCCAGGAGUAUGUGUCUGUGUGUGUGUGACAAUAUAUAUAUAAGUGUGUGUGUGUGUGUGUCUGUGGUUGUUUCAGCCUGAGUGGCGAGAAAGUUACAACCAAAACACUCGAACCCCUGAUAGUUGCCGGACAGGGUU